GGGAGGAUAUUACAUUGAGGCUGAUCCAUUUGUUUGCCUGCAACUAAGUGCAGUUCAGGAAGACACUUCCAGACAUGUCGAACCGUUAAGAGCCCAGUAUUCGCUUGUAUUCCUCGGUCUCCCUGAACAAGAACCAGCGUACCCAAGUGUUCCUAAACUUGCACAAGGGAUGUUUCUAGACAAAUGUGAAGGAGAUUUGUGUGACUUGAGGGAAGACGGCAGCACGCCAACACCUGGCACUCCUGAGGGGGAGGAUUAUAAACUACCUACAAAGAAACACCGCAGGAACCGAACAACAUUCACAACUUACCAGCUUCAUGAAUUAGAGCAUGCCUUCGAGCGCUCACACUAUCCUGAUGUGUACAGUCGAGAAGAGCUAGCUAUGAAGGUCAGCCUGCCAGAGGUUCGAGUCCAGGUUUGGUUCCAGAACAGGCGAGCAAAAUGGAGGCGGCAAGAGAAACUGGAGUCUUCCACUAGCAAGCUACAUGACUCUCCACUAUUUUCUUUCUCAAGAUCCCCGAUAGCUACAAGUAUGGGGCCUCUGAGCACCGCUCUACCAUUGGAACCCUGGCUCACCUCACCAAUCUCAGGCACUACCACCAUCCACAAUAUGCCAGCAUUCAUGACUCCUUCGCAGGCCCAUCUGCCAACUUUCCCAAGUCACACAUUUUUGAACAGUGGGCCUCCAAUGACCCCUAUCCAACCUCUCAGUAGUGCACCAUAUCAGUGCAUGGGGGGAUUUGUGGACAAAUUUCCCUUAGAGGAAAUGGAUCAAAGAAGUUCAAGCAUUGCUGCACUGAGAAUGAAAGCAAAGGAGCACAUCCAGACAAUAGAUAAAACAUGGCAGCCUAUCUGAUGAAAACAGCUAUUACAAAAUGCAAAAUAUCACAAUUCCUUUUAAUUCAAAAUUUCAGAUGUUCUGUUUUGAAGCCUAUCAUUCCUUAUACCUGGAUGUAUUCAAGCCAAAGCAGACUUUUGACAGAAAGAUGGAAUAUGCUAUAGAACUUACAUAAGUUGACCUGUUUACUUGUAGGUGGUCUUGAGACUAAUGUGACUUUUACACUGUUGUCAGCAUGGUUAAGAGGAACAGGCUUGUUUGUUAGAAGUUGAUGUCCCUGUGUUGUAGUUUUACUUCACUGUGUCUUCACUGGGUCAGCCAUUAUUUAAGGAGAAAAAAAUAAAAAAUAAACCAAA